UUGUCUUUAACUUAUUGCACCAGUUCAGUAGUGCAGCUGAAAAGAACAGACCAAGUAUUAAACGUGCGUUUUCUGAACGUACUUUCAUUUUACAUGUGACAUAGCCGUAACAGACGCCUGCAUGUAUACUCUCUCUUCUCAAGUCACGUUGGUCGCGUGGUGUAUGCAGGGUUGCAGCGGCUGGCUUAGGAAUUUACACAUUUGUACUAUCGAAGAAUGACAUUAACAGUAAGAGAUAUGAGAUUAUGAAAGCCAGACAACGUAUAAAGGAGUCAAAUGUUGUAGAUUAAUUUAUAAUUAAGAUAUAUAAAGAGUUUAUAUAAGAAAAGAUAUAAUCAAAGCUCGACAUUAAAAAGGAAAAUGGCAACAUUACCACAACUGGACGAAGAUAAACUUAAGUUGGUGCAAGAUUUGGAAAUAGAAAUGAUGCAAGAUAUGUUUAAUCGUAUGACAUCAGCAUGCCACAGAAAGUGCAUAACACCAAAAUAUAUUGACCCUGAAUUAGGCAAGGGGGAGUCGAUAUGUCUGGACCGUUGUAUUGCUAAGUAUUUAGACGUUCACGAACGCAUCGGCAAGAAACUCACGCAAUUUUCGAUGCAGGAAGCAAAACUACAAGAACAGCCAAAGAGUUAAGUUGAUCGUCGUUAGUUGCAUUUGAAGGUUCUUUUGUAACCUCUUGUAAAUUAACUAUUUUAAUUUUCUCCAACUAUUACAUAUUUCUGAAGAAUGUAUAGUUUAUGUAAAUUAGACCGGACUAGAGCAAACAUAGUGUUGUCUUUUAUCUUAUUAUUACCAAUAAAUUGGUAAUAAUAAAGUAAGAAAUAAACUGAUGAAAUAUAUAAAA